GGCCCUCGAAACCCCCUGAACUCAUCAUUAUAAAUAGCGCACAUGGGCGCUCUCACAUUUUCCAACCAAUUAUUUGUGAAGCCAACUGCUCUGUGACUUGGAAUUUUCCAUCCACCAGACUACUACUCAACUUCUUCCUUCAAGAAAAUCAACGCAAAAGAUGAGCGAAAGAAGAAGAAGAUGGUCGUCGUCGUCAUUAUUGCUAACCAUCUUUUGUAUAGCAGUGGCUGCUACAUUUCUGGGAUCUUCUUCAGCCGCUAUUCAACCACCCACCAAGAAUAAGUCAACUGCUGUUGCUUCUUCGCUUGUUCUUCCUGUUACUGGCAAUGUUUAUCCACUUGGGUAUUAUUCCGUGUCACUUCAUAUUGGUAAUCCUCCUAAGCUUUUCGAGCUAGAUAUUGAUACUGGUAGUGAUCUUACUUGGGUUCAGUGUGAUGCCCCCUGCACUGGUUGCACUAAGCCAAUUGACUAUCUUUACAAGCCAAGAAAAAAUCUACUCUCCUGUAAAGAUCCCCGAUGCAGCAGUAUUCAGUUAUCAGGACACUUCAACUGUGAGUCUGCUGCUGAUCAAUGUGACUAUGAGAUCCAGUAUGCUGAUGAAGGUUCAUCUCUUGGUGUGAUGGUUACAGACUACUUCCCUCUUAGAUUAAUGAAUGGCUCUCUUUUUAGACCUCAACUUGCCUUUGGGUGUGGAUAUGAUCAAAAAAAUCCUGGCCCAAUUGCUCCUCCUCCAACAAUAGGCGUCCUCGGCCUUGGAAAUGGCAAAACAAGCAUUAUUGCGCAAUUGAAGACCCUAGGUGUGAUGAGAAAUGUGAUUGGGCACUGUUUUAGUAGGCGAGGUGGAGGCUUUUUAUUCUUUGGGGAUGAUAUGGUUCCUUCUUCGGGAAUUGGUUGGACACCAAUGUCGCAGAACUCAUUGGACAAACACUACACAACCGGACCAGCAGAACUUGUUUAUGGUGGAAAAUCUACUGGCGUAAAGGGUCUAGAAUUUAUUUUUGACAGUGGGAGCUCUUACACUUACUUCAAUGCCCAAGUUUAUAGAAUUUUGCUUAAUUUGAUAAAGAAGGAUCUCUCUGGAAAGCCAUUAAAAGAUGCACCAGAGGAGAAGGCGCUUGCUGUCUGCUGGAAAGGCACAAAACUGCUCAAAUCUGUUAACGACGUAAAGAGCUACUUUAAGCCCUUGGCACUAAGCUUUAUGAAAGAAAAGAAUGUUCUGCUGCAUUUACCACCGGAAGAUUAUCUUGUUGUCACGAAAAAUGGAAAUGUGUGCUUGGGAGUUUUAAACGGCAGCGAAGUGGGACUGGAAAAUUUCAAUGUAAUCGGAGACAUUUUUUUUCAAGACAAGCUGGUGAUUUAUGACAAUGAUAAGCAUCAGAUGGGCUGGACUUCUGCAAAUUGUGGCAGGCUUCCAAAUGUGGACAGUUAUUACAAUGAAGCUGCUUUUUGUCGGCCUUCUGCAAUCGGUUCCAGCUUCUUAUCAGAGCAAUGCCCAUCGCUACUUCAAGACCAAUGAGCUGAUUGACACACAGAACACUAGAAGGCAACAAUAGCUUAAUAACUCUAUACAUAGUAAAUACAUAGUGUUCAGUCGCAUGGAUUAGAACUGUUUUGGUUCUUUGUUUUGCAGCAUUUCUAAUACAUGUAAAUGGGUUGAUCCCACAUAUAUAGUACUAAUAAUUGUUGGAAAAUAGGACUUGUCUCACUUCUGCAAGUUAGCUGGGAACUUGAUUAGAAGAAAAAUUGCUACUGCGGUUACGAUUAA